AUGCCGCCUCAGAAGCGACCUCGCGAGGUCAUUGACUUGACAGAUGAUGACCCCGCCCCCAAGUCAACGAAACCUCGCUUUUCUGCACCGUCGAGCCAGUCUUCCCUGUACAGUGCCCGGCCUUCACAGUAUGGAUAUGGCCCAUCGUCUUCUAAUGCUUCAUCCUCACGAUCGUUUCCCUCAAAUGGCUCAAGUAGCCAACGUCCUAGAUGGGGAUAUCCUCAAAGCUCGCUUGGCGAUGAGGAAGCUGAGGUCCAAGACCUCACCCAAGCCGAUGAUGGCCCAGCUCUUCAACUCUAUGGGACCCUCGACAACAAGAUUGUUGGCUGCAGAUACUAUGACGGUAUUGUCAGUCCAGGCGAGGUAGUCGUGUUGCGAAGGGAACCUUCGAACCCAUACGACGCAAACGCAGUCAGAGUCGACAAUGUAAUGGGAACGCAAGUUGGCCAUCUACCUCGCAAGCUGGUUGAGAAACUCGCGCCCCUGAUGGACUCUGGAGACGUGCUCGUCGAGGCUGCAAUCCUCGGUGAGAAAGGCUAUUUUGAUUGCCCGGUCAAGUUGAUCCUUUAUGGAACAGCUGAACCCAUUGCGAGGGCUGCUCUGGAGGAGCGUCUUAAGUCGGACAAGUUGCUCAAAGCUACACAGCUGAAGCAAACCAGGCGGCCACCAGAGCCGCCGCAGAGGAACGUUAUGGGCCUUAAGAGCAGUCAGUCAAGGGCUGGUCUUCCUGCCGAGCCGGAAAUAUCUGUCGAGCAGCUCGCCCAGCUCAGCCAAGCUGUGCAGUUCCGAAGCGGCGGCGACAACCUCAAGGCCCUCGCGAUGGACGAGGAAGCCUUGUCCAAGUUGCCCUUAGCGAAACAGCCGGAGGAGCUGAAGUCUUCACUCCUGCCCUACCAGCUGCAAGGCCUGGAGUGGUUACGCUCGAAGGAGAAGCCACAAUUCCCGUCUCCGGGAUCUGCCAAUGUCACGCAACUUUGGAAGCGGGACGCUCGCGGCCGCUACAACAAUAUCGCCGCUGGCUUCACCACGGCUCAUGCUCCGGCUCUGGCCAAGGGUGGCAUUCUCGCUGAUGAUAUGGGCCUGGGUAAGACGCUGCAGAUGCUGAGUCUUAUUGUGACAGGCGGGAAAGGGGCAACUCUGAUCGUUGCUCCUGUAUCUGUUAUGAGUAAUUGGGAGCAGCAGGCUCGACAACACGUAAAGAGCGAGCAUACUCCGAAGAUCCUCGUCUACCACAGGACUCGAAAGGCGACGGUCCAGGAAAUGGUGAAGCACGACAUUGUAAUCACAAGUUACGGGACGUUGACAGCUGACCACAGCAACAAAGGUCCACUAUCGUCUGCCUCGUGGCGCCGGGUCAUUCUGGACGAAGGACAUACGAUCCGAAACGCGAAGACAAAGGCUGCUGAAGCUGCCUGCGGACUCAAGGCCGAAUCAAGAUGGGUGUUGACUGGGACGCCGAUCGUAAACAGCAUCAAGGAUUUCAACUCCCUUAUUAAGUUCCUCCGGCUUACAGGAGGUAUCGCCGACCCCUUGGUUUUCAACGCUGUCAUUACUAGGCCACUUGGUUCCGGGGAUCCCCGGGCUGAAGUUUUGCUCCAGUCCUUGAUGCAAGAUCUAUGUCUCAGGCGGAAAAAAGACAUGGCCUUUGUUGACUUGCGGCUUCCGCCAAAGUCGGAAUAUGUCCAUCGCAUUGCCUUCAGGCCAGAUGAGAAGAAGAAAUACGAUGCUCUGCUGUCGGAGGCGAAAGGCGUUCUCGCACAAUUCCAGUCAAAAUCAAAGCAAGGGAAAAAAGGCGGCUCAUUCCAGCAUGUAUUGGAGCAGCUCCUUCGGCUUCGUCAAACGUGCAACAGCUGGACUCUGUGCAAGGAGCGGAUCGUGGACCUGCUCAAGACCCUCGAGGACCAGGACGUGGUUGUCCUAAACAAAAAGAACUGCGAGAUCUUGCAGAAGGCCCUGCGGCUUUACAUCGAAAGCCAGGAUGAAUGCCCCGUUUGCUUAGACACCCUGUCAGCACCUGUAAUCACUCACUGCAAGCAUGUCUUCUGCGGAGACUGCAUUCGCAAGGUUGUUGAGACUCAAACACGGUGUCCCAUGUGUCGUAGCCCCCUGGCGGAGGACCAGCUGCUCGAGCCCGCCCCGGAGACCGCCGGAGAAGAGGACACCGAAGAGCCGGGGGCAGAAACGCAGAGCUCAAAGACGGAAGCCCUGCUGAAGAUCCUGCAGGCGACGUUGAAGAACAAGGGGUCCAAGGUGAUCAUCUUCUCUCAAUGGACCUCGUUCCUAACCAUCAUUGAGCACCAGCUCAAGGAGGCGGGAUAUGGCUACACUCGAAUCGACGGAUCUAUGGCACCUGCGGCACGGGACAGCGCAAUGCGCGCCCUCCAGGACGACUCGAACACGCGGAUCAUGCUUGCGUCGCUUGCCGUGUGCAGUGUCGGACUGAACCUAGUCGCUGCAGACACCGUCAUCCUCGCGGAUUCUUGGUGGGCGCCUGCCAUCGAGGACCAGGCGGUGGACAGGGUCCACCGACUAGGGCAGACGCGGCCAACGACUGUUUGGCGCCUGGUCAUGGAGGGCAGUGUCGAGGAGCGUGUGCUGGACAUCCAGGCCGAAAAGAGGCAGCUGGUCGGCAAGGCUUUCCAGGAAAAGGUGCAGGGCAAGAAGACGAAGGAGACGAGGAUGGCUGACAUAAUGAAGUUGCUCACCUGA